GUGAGAACGGAGAUAUAGUUCAACAAAGUAUGUGGUUGAUAACUUUUUUGAGUCUGCUGGCUCUCACAAGCGGUGCGCGAAUCUUAGGGCUUGUACCGACUCCGUCUUAUAGUCACCAGACUGCCCUUUGGCCAAUAUGGAAAAAGCUAGCUUCAAGAGGUCACAAAGUAACGCUGAUCACCGCCAACCCUAUAAACGACCCCAAGCUGUCAAACCUAACCGAAAUCAACAUUCGAGAAACAUACAAAAUCUGGACACCAAUGUAUAAAAACAUGAAAGCGUUACAUGACCCUUUCAAAAUAAAUGACGUAAUUCUUCCUACGCUACUCGCCGUUUCAGAAUACAUCUUUGACAACGAAGAAGUUAAAGCGCUUACGAGAAACGAUACUACAUUUGACAUAGUGAUUGUCGAGACGAUGUUUCCAGAAAUGUUGAUUUUUGGAGAAAUUUUCAAAUGUCCAACAGUGUGCCUGAGCUCUAUGGGUGGUGCCAUCAGAGUACAUGAGAGUAUAGGCAACUCCGUUCAUCCUGUAGUUUAUCCUGAACUAAUGUUACCUUACUACAAAGAUCUCACCUUUAAAGAACGUAUUACCAGCGUCUUGUAUUAUCUGGCUUAUAAGUUUCGAUUCGAACCACAGUCAUUGAAUGUGAAAAACAAUGCGCUGAAAAAAUAUUUUGGUGAGAAUGCACCGAGUAUAACACAACUGCUUGACAAGGUGUCCAUGACUUUUCUCGAUGUUCAUCCAGCGUUGGAUGGCGCUCGGCCGAUCGGACCAAAUACCGUCAAUUUUGGAGGAAUGGUGCAUAUCAGGGAUCCUCAACCUCUGCCCAAGGAUCUAAAAGAGUUCUUGGAUGCUUCUAAGGAAGGAGUAGUAUAUUUCUCGUUGGGAAGUAACGUGAAGAGUGCAAAUUUGAAACAGGAGGAAUUUGAAGCUAUAAUACAAGCGUUAAGCGAUUUACCGUACAAAGUACUAUGGAAAUAUGAGUCAGACGAUAUACCUAACAAGCCGAAGAAUGUAAAGUUUGUCAAGUGGACCCCUCAGCAAGAUGUUUUAAGGCAUCCAAAUAUAAGGGCAUUCGUAACCCAAGCGGGCUUACAAUCACUAGAGGAAGCCAUAUAUUUCCACGUACCUAUAGUGAUGUUACCCUUUUGCGCCGAUCAAGAACAAAAUGCGAAGAAGGCGGAACUUAGGAAAAUUGGAAAAACUAUUUACCCCAUGAAGGAUGGUAUAACCAAGGAUGCGCUGAAAAAUUCUAUAAAGGACGUUAUUGAAGAUCCUAGCUAUCGCAAGAACAUAAAAUCUCUAGCAGAGAUAAUGUUGGACGAACCGAUGUCGGGAGUUGAUAAAGUAAUAUGGUGGACGGAGUACGUCAUCAGACAUAAAGGCGCCAGGCACUUCAGAAACCACAUAUUGGACAUACCCUUGUAUCAGUACUUCAUGUUGGACAUUCUUGCUUUCUCUAUCUCAGUGCUCACAAUUUUGUUAGUCUUAGUUUGGAUAACAUAUAGAAUGAUUCGGAAUCGUGUCUCUGCAAUUGUAUCUGCUAGGAUUAAAGAAGAAUGAUUAGCUGACGAUUGAGG